AUGAGUAGUAGCACACUGAUCGAGGUGUUUGGCCACAUCUUGUUCAGUUUCACACGAGGGGUGACAGAGCACUACAACCCACAAGAACCUGAAUACAUGGCAGAAUCGUUUGGCUACAGUCCUCUAGAAAGCACAGGUCGAGAAUGGUAUCGUCACGGAGAUCCUAAUGAGGAGUGUAUUUAUCAAGAAUACAGCGACAGACAAGCCACAAGCUUGGACUAUCGAGCGUGGUCUAACAGCCAUGAAAUGAGAGUUAUGAACGCGUGCGUAAUAGAGGAAAACGACGAAACACAAGAAGAUCACGAAGACGAAAUCGAAGCCAUGGCUUGGAAGCGACUCAGACCAUCCGCUCUCCGAACAGUUUGUAAAUCAAUGUACAUUGGACUUUUAAUUUCUUUACUAACUGCCAUCAUCAUAGGCUCAGUAUUCAUGUUGAUCUGCUAUCUAUCCUUUACAACUGUAAACAACUGCGAAUUUCACCCAAAGAGGUCCAUUCCAGCAAAAGUGCAAUGGGCGAGAUCAAUUUCUGAUAUAAUCUCUACUGCUUUCCUAUAUCCUUCGUUCUUUGUAUGUUCCUUAUUUCUUUUUCGUUAAGGUCAGUUAAUGGGGGUCAAACGAAA